AUGGAAGUACAAAUUUGGUGUAUCAAUUGGAUUUCUUAUAUUGGGAAACUUCACUCUAUCAACUAUAAUUGGCGUUUGUUAGUACAAGUGCUCAAUCCUUGCCCUAACCUUCAAAAUGUUGAGCUUAGUCAGGGCACCGCUGUCGGUGAUGGGAUAAGAGACAUUGACCAGGAAAAUUGGGUAGACCCUGCAUCUGUUCCGCGGUGCAUUUCAUUACACCUUAAAACUUGCACACUUUGGUACUUCAGAGGCCAACAUGGUGAGGUUCAGUUAGCAACAUACAUUCUUAAUAAUGCAAGAGUUUUGCAAACUAUGAAAAUUUGUUGCUGUGAUAGCCUCAAAAAAGAAAGAGAAGUAUCCUUAUAUGCUCAAAGGCCUCUCCUACAUGUGAACUUAUUUUUCAUGUGUUCAAGUGACAUUAGAAGGAGUCCCUCUCUGAUUAACUUCGACAAUUCAACUACUAGAUUUGUUGGUUUGAAUUGUGAACCUUGAUGAUCACAAACUCUAUCUUGUUGCAUAGGUUAUGGAAAUAUUAUACUUAAAUUUGUAGACCUGUUUUAUAAAUUGUUUAUGACUUCAAUAAAAUCCUUGUUUGUCCAUUUUUCAAUAGUUACGUUGUUGUAUGCUAAAUUCAUAUUCUAUGUAUGCUCAGUGCAGAAGAGUGAAUAUUGUACAUUAGUGUUUCUCAUGUGCUAAUUUAUGAUUUAA